AUGGCGGACUUUGGAGAGACACCGCCCAUGCCAUCGGCCCCGGGUGAUUACCAACCUGGCCAGGUGGAGGCUACCGCCGGCUUCUUGAACGCCUUUGAGUCGGCAGGCCUGCCACACGGCUUCUCCCCAGCAGGCAGCGAGCACUCGUUUGCAACCGGCCUCGAUCUCUCGCGUCCCAACACGAGCGGUAUGCCUACAGGAGCUGGCCCGCCUCCUCUCGGUGACCUCCCUUUGGGCCCCCACGGCCCGGGCCAGAUUAGUCCGGAUGGCAGCCACCAUCCCAGCCACCACCACCAUCACCACCACCACGGUAGUGGUCACAGCCACUCAUUCUCCACUGCGUCCCUCCCAUCGCUUGCUUCCUCUUCUACUUCGUUCUCUCUGGCCAGCCAGGGAGACCCGAUCCCCCCACCCGGCAUGUACAUGCCAGGUUUGCCACCAGGAGACUACUCGCCUGGGCCAAUGUUCCAUGAUGGCGGCAAGCCAUUCGCCUACGGCCCUCCCCCGCAGAUGAUCCCUCCUGGCGUCCCCAUGCCGCCUGGUAUGGGUGUUCCGAUCGGGAUGGGUAUGCCCCCACACUCGCUCGUCAACACCAUGCCGCCUGGCCUCAUCGGUCGCUCCCCUGUGGCACCACUUAUGGCAGUCCUUCCGGCCCAGCAGAUGCCCGUCUCAGGCAAGAUGGGUCACGAUCGCCACCGCAGCGCAUCGCGCUCGGCCCCCUACCACAUGUCGUCACGCUCCAACUCGCUCUCUGUCAAGUCGGACAUGGACGAGGAGCUCAUGUCCAUCUACAGCUCGGCGAGCAACACGAGCGGCUAUGGCACCUCGUGGUCCAACUCGACCAGCUUGAUCGCGGGCGACAUGGGUCAGAUGACUUUGGAGCAUCGACGAUCUUCUUCCACCCCCUUUGAGAUCCCGUCGAACGUCCACCACUCUGGCAGAUCGCGGGCCCGGUCAUUCUCCUUGGGCAAGAUUUCCAACAGCCUCGACUUUUUGGAGACCGAGCUCGAGGUCAGCGGCCAUGCUGCAGAGCGCGAGACUGCCGUUCGCACCGACCUCUCCAACAAGGCUGAGCAGGUCCGUUCUCUCAGCCCUUGUCAGCACGGAAAGGCCCGUGCCGUUUGGGCGAAGCGAUGGCUCAAACUCUGUUACACGCCUGUCAACGGCUUUACCGUUCCUCGCCAGGGCCUGUAUCACUCGUACACCAUGUCCUGCAACGACUUUGGCCUGCGCCCUAUCAACUCGGCUUCCUUUGGCAAGGUCGUCCGCUCAACGUUCCAGGGGAUUAGGACGCGUCGCUUGGGCGUUCGCGGGAACAGCAAGUACCAUUACGUGUCCCUACGCCCUGCAAUCUCGACAGAAGCCCACCGGCUCAACGCCUACGGCGACUCGAGCGGCCAGCUCCACAUCGCUCCUCAGGACGGUGACUUGAUCGACGAUCACGGUGAUCAACAAGAAAUACUCACCGACGAUGACACCGACGAGGAUGAUGAGGACGAUUUGGCUGACUUGUCUGAGGGCAUGCAGUACUCGGUUGCAUCUGUGCACCCUUUUGUCCGCGCGAGGCACCUAGGCGCCGGUGGCGCUCGCGCACACUCGGCGCCAGAUGAUUCGGGAAUCCUCAGGUCGGCCAGGCCGGCCUACCUCGGGCCCCAGGACGCGUCCACGCCCACUGGCGUGCACGCGGGUACCGGGACAGCUGGCCUCGGCCUGUCAGCUCUCGACCGUCCUUUCCCUCCCUUUCCGGCAGUGCCAGCCGGUGCAGACCCCGCUGUAUCGCAGUUCUAUGGGCGCUUCGUAUCUCAGCAAGAACUCCUUUCACGCUGCGUGAUUGACUCGGAUUUUGAUGCCUUUGAGGCAAACUACCGCAGCUUUUGGGAGUCUCUGACCUCUGAAACGCUCCAACUGUGCUCCCAGCAGCCACUGGCUGGCAUGAUUGUCGAGGGGAUGGCUCUUUCAUUCGAUCAUUUUAUUCUUUCUUUUGUGGACAAGAUUCUUCAACCCCUCACCUCCAUUGCCCAUUCUUCGCUUGGUCUCCUCGCCGCAAACUUGGAGAAAGUGACCGCCGAUGCUUUGGGUGGUGUUUCUGAGGACGUGUCGGGCCCGGCUGUCAAACUCGCUGGCCACACUGCAAACCUCAUCGCUCGUUUCCUUGAUCUUCACCAAAUUACCACCGCAAUCACACCUAUUCUUGCGGACGGCGACCAGCUCGCUGCCAUGCGUGGUUCGUGGGGCAUGUUCGAUACCGAGUUCAUUGUUCGUCAAUGCUCACUUUCUUUUGGCAAAGCCGACGCCGGCAUCUUAGGUCCGAUUCUCAACUCGUUUGGCAACUGGCUGAACGAUGUUGGAAUGGAUAUGGCCGCCAACCCCGUCGAUCAGCUUGCAUUCUGUGUUGACACUGCCCUCGCUCGGGCCGAAUCGACGACCACUGGCAGGCGUUCGAUUCUUUCCCUUAUUCCCCGCACCGCAUAUAUCAGCUCCCAAGUCAUGCGUCUCUUAACCCUCCGCUCUGACCCAGCGUUUGGCUGGUUCCAACUCAUCAAAACAUGGAUUGACGACUAUGUCUCCAUCGCGUGUCUGCGGCGGGCCGCCUUUUCACGCUCCAGUCCCAUUGUCCGCGGCGCACGGACGCCGUCGAAGCCGUCGUCGACCAGCUCGUCGACCCUGUUUAGCUCUACACCGCUUGAAGCCACUUCGAGCCACCACGGACACCCAAACCCCAAUCUUGCUAUUGAUACUGCCUCGGCGCACUAUCAAGCCGUGCUUCCGCUGGACGGUAAUGCGAUCACUCCCAGACCGGCGUUUACGUCGUCUGGAGCGACUGUACCUUCUGCCGGCCAGGCCCUGACAGAGGCAACCGUGAACGGUUCCUCUUUCGUGUAA